CAUUACCUCACAUGAAGGUACCUCUACCGCUAUCCAUACGCCUACCUGUACCUUACAUGACCUUGCUUUUACUUUACUUUGACUUGGGCCUUGGCUUGGCUACGAUUAACUACCACUACCUUACUUGUGCUUGUUCUACUACUACUACGGCUUCUCCCCGAGUUCUUUUCUAAGUCUCAACUUACCUCAAGUCAAAUCAAAGACUCUCGGCAACAAGACAAGUCAGGUUUAAGCUAAAGUCCUCAACGUUCCCAAGAAAAGACGACACAAGUUCUUGUCCCGCAGUUAUCUGGUCUUGGCUGCAGCCGCACGCUUUCCGCUCUAACUUGAGUUAUUAUUUGGCUUGCACCCAGCCCACACCGGCCACAAGCACCAGCACCAGCACCAGCACCAGCACACUCGAAGCACCAGACAGCACCACAAGCGCACAGCACCAAAGCUCUCAACCUACCGUACCUUAAGCAAGCUUCUGCACCUGGUCCGCCGCCCUUGGCUCAUAUUUCCUUUUUAUCUCCCUCUCCCGACAACCUCCCACAUCGGAUCUAUCCUUCCUGAGGCCAGGUUUGCAAAACUUUUUUGCCUUCACAACAUUCUUUUUCCCCCUACCUUCCGUCCAGCUUGCCGACACAGCCGUCGCUCGCUACCGUUAGCAGCCAACCAUCUUCUUCCGACCGCUUACGGUUUACCACCGCUCCGUCCGGCGCCGUUGGCCUUUUCACGGCCGAUUUGCCGGACCCGCCCCGACCUUCACUAACACAACAUCAUGAUGGACGGUGGUCACCACAAUAUGAUGCCAACCCGGGGCGUUGGUACCGAUGACCAGCGGGUUUCUGCUUCCAACAGUAACACCAACCCCCUCGCCUCCGGUCCUUCUCCGAAUGCCACAAUAGUCGUCUCGGCAGCACCUUCAUACAACCCUAAUGGUCCCUCGCAAUCCGUCUCUCCUUCACCUGUGCCAACAGCUCAAUCUCCCUAUCCCACAUCAACCCCGGGCGGCACCCAGAGCCACGCUGCUACCGCCAGUCUGUACCAGUGUGCUCACUGCCAACGGCGGUAUUCUCGACCUGAGCACCUCGCCCGUCACAUCCAGACGCAUACUCUUGGAAAGCGAUUCGCGUGUCAGAUAUGCGGCAAAGCCUUUGCGCGCCAAGAUCUCCUCAAGCGGCAUGUCACCAAUCACGAGAACGACAAUGACCCCAACAAAAAGAGACGUCGCACCGAUACCUCACCCGGUGCCGGCCGUGUCUCUCACGCCUGCAGACCUUGUGCCACGGCUCGCGUCAAGUGCGAGGAGCAAAAGCCCUGCACCCGUUGUCGGAAUCGCAACCUAAAUUGCGAGUAUUCGUCAACCGAAGCCGGCUCGGCUGCGGCCAUGCAUCUGCUUCACCUCUCGGGCAACCCGCACCAGACAACAUCAACGCCCGGAUCUCUUGCCACAUCUCCUUCACAAUCUGCCUAUGAUAGCAGCCCCUCAACAGCGUACCAACAGAACCCUCAACAUGCCAUGCUGCCGCCCAGAGACGACAGUGGCCAGUUGGGGCCUGCUCACACCAUCAAGUCGGAAUCAGGCCGCAUACCAACGACAGAAAAUGCCAUGCAACAAGUCAACGCCUCCGGUAUGCCUGUCAACUACGAAAUCGGCAACCAGCAAGGUGUCGACAUGACCUUGCCUUUCUCGGACUUUCUCCAAAAUGUCAUCUACACAGGAGAGAUGGAAGCAUCGCGCAUGGCGGAGGCACAGGGUCUAGCUGUCCUGGACUUUUGCGACAACUCGAAUCUCGAACUGAACGAAGUGGACUUUGGCCUUCUGGAUCAUUGGAACAUGGACGGCAUGGGAAAUACCGGAUCCAACCAAAGCUUCACGCCUCGGACCGACGACUCUAUCGAUUUGGUCCAAAUGCGCCAAACGCUUGUCAAGGUCUGGACAGAAUCACCGUGGCAAUGGGCGCCCAAUAAGCUCGACUCGGGUUAUUUGGAGCACCCAAAUUUCUCCGUACCAUCCGACGACACAAGCAGCGCUGUUUUCACCGAAAGCCGGAAGAAGCACGCGAGGAUUGUCAGGGACAAGCUGGACCAGUCGGGCCGGGAUCAGAUCUUGGCAAUCGUUUUGUCAACCUGCAAGAACGACAACAUCAUGAGCCGCGUCGCAUCCUCUUUUCCGUCCCUCGAGGUGAUGGAUAGCCUUAUCCACAUCUACCUGGCGCAACAUUUCUGCCAGACGUCACAAUGGAUUCACCACGGCUCGUUCUCCAUGAACGCCCAGUGGCCAGAAUGGCUAGCUGUGGCAGCUUCAGCUGGGGCUACCCUCACCCCGGUGCAAACCUUGCGCAAGUUUGGGUUUGCUCUUCAGGAAGCGGUCCGAGUUACCAUUCCGGCAAGGUUCGAGGAUGCCAACACUACGAUCAAAAAUCUCGGCCUUGUGCAGACUCUGAUCCUGGGCCAAGACAUUGGUCUGUGGAGCGGGAACCGACGCAAGAUGGAGAUCGCCGAAUGUCAUCUCAUGAUUCCUAUUACGAUGAUGAGAUAUCGCGGCAAAUUCCAGCGAGCAUCGUACCCCAUGGUCGAGGUCAAUAUGUCGGACGAAGGCGAAGUUUUGGAGAAAAAAUGGAGGGCCUGGUGCGAGCGUGAGUCGUGGAAGAGACUACUUUUCCACUGCUUCGUGCGAGACGCUCAGACCUCCAUGACAACACUCACCAAACCCUCCAUGUCGUACUCGGAACUCACCCUGCCCCUCCCUGAAGCAAAGGAGCUGUGGUUUGCAAAGACGGCGGCCGAAUGGAAGAUGCACUAUCUCGAACGAACAAACGGACAGAGCAAACGACCACCUUCGAUCGGUGAUCUCUUCCGGGACAUCAGCCUGUUGGCGACGAACCGCCAGCGACUGGAUCUGCAAUUUGCAAUCUCGAUAUACCUGCAUGGCUACUGGGCGCUCAUUCUCGAGUAUCUCCAGCUGUGUUCCGUCUUGCGCACCCGGACUUGGCUGAACAACUCUGGAGGGAAGUCUGAGGAGGUACUACGUUCCAGACAUGCGGAGCUUUGCAAAGACCUACAGGGCUUCUUGCUGGUCACUUCCGACUGGCACGAGAUGCUUUCGACGCAGGAGAGUCUGGUGCUCCAUCUUCUCAUGAUGAACCUCCACCUUUCCCUCAACGACUUACAGCUCUUCUCUGGCAAGGAAGGCGAGGACCAGGCGCGCCGGGUAUUUGGUGACCUGCGCGAGUGGUCGCAGAGCGCCGAGGCGCGCCAGUCGCUCUGGCACGCAGGCCAGAUCCUGCGUCAGGCCAAGAUGUUCCCCCAGGGCCAUCUCAAAGAUUUUUACGCCAUCGCCGUCCACCAUGCGGCUCUGGCGUGCUGGACCUACGGGGUGGUCGCCAAGACGAGCGGCACGGGGAAGACGCCGGUGCAAGGGUUCGACCAGGAAAAGGUGUUUCUGGACGGCACCGAGUCGAACCUGGUGCACCGAUUCAUUGGCUUCAACCAGGGGCGGCCGGUGAUCCUGGGACCCAUGAGUAGGGCCGGCGCCACCGAGGCGUCGCUCGACGAUCCCAAGGCGUGCAUGGAAGUGGCCCAGGAAGUGCUCCGGGCCAACUUUCGCGACUCGGCGGAUCUUCACCCGCCCAUUGUCGAGAAUUUGUGCCUGCUGAUCAAGCAGCUAGGCCACGCUGCUUGGGCAGUCGGCAUGUCAUGAUGAUUUGUUGUUGUUGUUAUUUAUCACGAGCCAUAUUUUGAGAUUUCUUUUACUUUGUUUGUUUUUUACUUCACGAAGAGGCGUCUAGAGGUAAAUGGCGGUCGGUUGUAUACCCAUGUAUCAAAAAAGUUACCUGUCUGCAGCUUCUUUCCAAAGAAGGUGUCUUGCGCUUAAAGCCAAGGUUCUUGGAAUCACAUCAAUCUAUAUUGCCUACAAUACCA